CGCUGGGAAUGCAUAGUCAGUCCAAGACCAGGGCAAAGGCAACACAGACCUUCUUCAUUCGUUUGCAAAAAACAAUCAAACUCCCUCCGCACUCAAAAUGAUGAAGUUGGUGGUGCUGUCUACCCUGCUGGCCAUUGUUGCCGCCCGUCCAGGAGCGCUCACGUACUCGGCCCCGUACGCUUACGCACCGGCAGCGUUGAUCGCGAAGCCGGAGAUCUACUACCAGAAGAGCAUCAUCGAGGAGCCAACGGUGGCGCACGUUGGCAGCCUGGUGAAGACGAUCCCGACCGCCAUUUCGCACCAGAGCUCGACGGUGGUACACAAUUCGGCCAAGAUUAGCGAACCGAUCUAUGCGCCGGCCGUCAAGCAGACGCUCGUGUCCACGCCGAUCGCCAAGACGACCUACUAUGCGGCUCCGGCAGCUUACGCUUAUGCUGCACCGGCCCUGGCCUAUCACGAUCACGACGCCUACGCCUAUCAUCUGUAAGCUGAAGGUUCGGUUCGGUUCGGUUUUGGGACCAAGCGAGGACACGAUGUGGACACGGAACGAAAGUGCAGGAUCUGAGGACAAGGAUAUGGAUCUUCUGUGAGCGAGCAAACGAACGAGCGUGUGCGCGUGUGAUAGUGAUACUCCAGUGAAAUUGCAGUCGCAGGCGAACGAGGCUGCGAUCGUGAGAACUGAGCUGAUAGUGAGUGAGCGCGCAGUAGCGGCGGCCAGUGGCGGCACAAAUGGCAAAAAGGCAUCUUUACUUCACUUUCGCACGGCCGUUUGCACAAGACGUGAUCCGGUGCCGUGGAUCCGCGGGUAGGGCUCUUCUAUUGUUCAUUUGUGAUUGUUGGUGAAAGAUUAGAAGCGCUCUGUACGGUGGCGGCAGUAACGGCGAAAUGGAAUAAAGAAAAGUCUUCCAAAACCACAA